GAGAUCGGGAGAGGGAGAGAAUAUAUGAGCGGCUGAUUGAAACCAAAGCGGCAAUAUCUGCCGGUUCCAUCUCUGUCUCUCCAUCUGAUCGUCGAUGGCGUCGGAGAAGGAGGCCGCUCUGGCGGCUGUUGCGGAUCCACCGGAUGCUCCUACCAUAUUUGACAAGAUAUUGAAGAAGGAAAUUCCCAGUACUGCGGUCUACGAGGAUGAUAUGGUUUAUGCUUUCAGAGACAUAUGCCCUCAAGCUCCCACUCACAUCUUAAUCAUCCCUAAAGUCAAAGAUGGACUGUCUCAGCUCUCCAAGGCGGAGGAGAGGCACCGUGAGAUUCUUGGCCACCUCAUGUACACUGCCAAGAUUAUCGCCAAACAGGAAGGUCUUGAAGAUGGCUUCAGGCUUGUUAUCAAUGAUGGACCGAGUGGAUGUCAAUCUGUGUAUCAUCUUCAUGUUCAUCUUUUGGGUGGAAGGCAAAUGAACUGGCCUCCAGGUUAACAAAUAUUUGUCAUUAAAAGAUCAACACAGGCAGGCAUCUAGUUAGAAAAACUGAUUCACCUCUUAUGGUUCUUAGUUAAUCUCAAAACUUCUUUCUGAAGCUCUGAAUUUCCGUGGUUUGGAAACAUUUUGUCAAUAAUUGGAGCAUUUCUGGUUGUUUGAAGAAGUCUACUAUGAUUGCUUGUCUUGCUCA